AUGUUUUCAACUAGUAUUCAAUUGUUUUCUACGACGCCAACUCAAAAUUUGAUCGAAUAUUCGGAUAGUUUGGCCCGAAAUAAACUAAUUUUCGCUUCAAUAGCUGCGUACGCCGAAAAACCCGAACUUUGUCUGGAAAAGGGAUUCCAGCAGGCUAUAGUAAGACGUCAGAUUACUGUACUUUGUGACGUGGAUCUUAAUGACACGUGUUCUGGAUACACGGCUGUUAGUCCCACGGAUAAAGCGAUUUUAGUGGUCUUCCGAGGGACCACUAGUAAUCAACAGUUAUUGGUCGAGGCUGUCGAGACUGUUGUCGGCAAUCAUGUAUGUCAAAUGUUGAGAACUUUUUCUUUGGAAAAUGGCUAGAAUGAAACAUUUUUAGGCACCCUGGCCAGCAGGUGGUGUGGUCUCCCAGUAUUUUCAUGAUGGAUUUUUCAAAAUGUGGAAUACUGGCAUGAAGGAUGAUUUUAAUACACUUUUGGCCAAAUAUCCGGGUUAUCAGGUUUGGGUGAGUUUUUUUUGAAUCAAAAAAUAAUAGUUUUUGAAUUUAUCUCAAACUUCUGUUUAAUUUCUGGAUAUACCGAAAUACUAUCAGUAAAUGUAUCUAUAAAAUAUAUCCAGGUGACCGGCCAUUCCCUGGGCGGUUCCCUGGCUUCUCUGGCUGCUUCCUACAUCUCCAACUCGUCUCUAACUGCCCCAAAUUCUCUUCUCCUGAUCACUUUUGGUCAGCCGCGCACCGGAAAUGCGACAUUUGCGUGGGCGGUGGACAGGGACGUGCCGAAUGCGUUCCGAGUCGUCCACUCGCACGAUCCGAUUCCGCACUUGCCCGGAAAAGGCCAUCACGGAUAUUGGCAUCACAAGUCCGAGGUGUUUUACAAUAAAAAUAUGGGCGGAUGGGUGAUUUGUGAGGAGGAUGAGAGCGAAAAGUGCUCCGACGGACAAGGGACCGAUACGGAUAUUAAUGUGAGUGGGCGGAAGGGAAAAGUUGGGGAAAGUCUAGGCCACACUGUACACAUGAACAGAAAUACGGUUUUUGGAUAACUUGGGAUGACAAAAAACGAACAAUUCAGAGAAAAAACCGGAGGAAAUUGAAAAAGUUGAACUUUGACCUAUCAUAUUGAUAUUCCAGUAUUUCACAAUUAUUUUUCAGGAUCACCUCCAUUACUUUAACAAGGACAUUCUAACUCUGGGCUACUCAAAUUGUCAAAACACCACAGGAUCUACAUAG